AAUGUUAAAGCUUUUCUAUUGGCAGUGUUACUGUGUUACAGUGUUAGAAUUUAAUAUUGACAGAGAACACUCACAUUACCUUUGUUCUCACUGCUGGAUCCCAAAAUAGACUGGCGGGUGGAGCUACCUGGAAGUAUUUUUAGCAGCUCCCUUAAAAGCUCUUACUUUGUGAACCAUUGUCGAUGAUAGAAUUGAACAACUUUCCCUUCCAACAACCUGGUGAUGAGAGUCUGUCGCUUUCAGAUUUUCAAACGGGACGUAAAGUUUUAUUUUAUUCUAAAUCUAGAUCUUAGUUUUGCAAAAAAAAAGAAACAAUAGUAUGAAAAGUUACAAGGAACAAAACAAUUCACAAUCUUCCAGAUGGAGAUGAAAUGUGAUCUUUGGACACACCUCCACUUCUGUACUCUUUGCGUAAUCUUGCAGAGUGACCAUAUUCCAUAAAUUCCCAAGGGAAGAGAGUUAAGGCACACAAGAGGGUGACAGCAUGAGCAGAGCUGAUGGUAUUCAUUAUUUACUAGACAACACAUGCAAAGCUGGUUAAUGGAGAAGGAAGGAAGGGAAGUAAACACAUUUCUAGGAAAGCGGACAGAUACCACUCUAUGUUUAACAGUGAGAGCAAGAUACUCCAGCUGCUGGCUGUGUUAGAGGUCUGCCAUGGCUUAGCCCCUGGCCAGAUCACCUCCCGUUACUUGUUCAUCGAAAAAUCCAUGACCUGGGUCAAAGGCCGUGAGUUCUGUCAGAGCCACUUUGUGGACCUUGCAGUCUUGAACACAGAGAUGGAAUACUUUGCUCUUCUCAAUACCACCCAUACAAACAAAGCCAGUUUUUGGCUUGGUCUGCACAGGCAUGCCAAUGGCUGGAAGUGGACCGAUGGAGAUGAGCUGAGCUACAGACGAUGGUACAACUAUAACUAUGAGGGCCAGUGUGCUAGUUUGGAGGCCAUGUUGGAGAAAAACAACAAGCUACUGGCUCGUCUCUGUGAUGAGGAGCACAUGAUUGUAUGUCAGGGGCCUGUUUCCCCUCAGUCACUAGCUGUGGACUCUGUCAGCAUUGAUCAUGUGAAUCUAAGCUGGAAUGUUUCUGCAUUCAUGCAGACGACUUCUCAUUAUUACAGCGUAAUGAUAUGCAGCUUCAUUUGCAAGAUGCUCUUCUAUCCCUACAACAAUGAUUCCCACUUUAUGAGCAUCAAGAUCUCCAACUUAACUGCAGCCACAGAGUACUCAGUAAAUGUCUCUGCUGUUGUUGUUCGUCUUGACAGUGUCACCGGCAAGAACUUAAUUCUUCAAGAUCAUCCCGCAACUUUAAAAGUUAAAACAGCAACACCUAACAACGAUCAGAAAAUUGUUUACAAAAUAUUUAACUUUCUCAAACUGAUGAUUCUGGUGCCUGUCCUUUGGUUUAUAUAUAAUUUUCUAAAAAUAGAAAAAUGCACAGAGAAGCUCAAAGACAGAUCAUCUGAGGAGCCAUUAGUUCAAGAAGCUGUUGUUGAACUGUUACCUCAGAAAAGUGGAUUAGAAAAAUAGGAAAAGAUGUAGCAACUGUGAAUCAACUUUUUAAAUCGCCACUAAGAGGAUCUUAAGCUGUUUUUAACUAUAGAUGUUAAAAUGUUCAAGAUAAGUUAAUUAAGCUCAAUUAUUGCAAUACUGUGACUGAUUUAUUUAUCCAUAUUAACAGUGGUGGGCAGUCAGGGCAUUCAAGGCCUUCGUUGCUUGCCUAAAA